UUCCCUCUCUUUGUACUAAGAAGCUCUUACCAUACAAUCUUAUCUGUCUCCCCUCUCUAGCAUCUCUGACUCUCUCUCAAUGGCUAUUCAAGCAUUUUUCAUUGUUUCUCUUCCACUCUUCCUCUUCUUCAAUUUGUGCCUCCGUGGCGCUUAUGGUGACUAUGGAGGAGGGUGGCAAGGCGCUCAUGCAACUUUUUAUGGUGGGGGUGAUGCAACCGGCACAAUGGGAGGUGCCUGUGGAUAUGGAAAUUUGUAUAGCCAAGGUUAUGGCACCAACACUGCAGCACUUAGCACUGCUCUGUUUAACAAUGGCUUCAGUUGUGGGGCAUGCUAUCAGAUCAAAUGCAAUGAUGACCCACAAUGGUGCCUCCCUGGAACCAUCACUGUGACUGCUACAAACUUUUGCCCACCUAACCCUUCUCAGUCUAAUGACAAUGGAGGCUGGUGCAACCCUCCCCUCCAACAUUUUGAUCUAGCAGAGCCUGCUUUCUUGCAAAUUGCCCAAUACAGAGCUGGAAUUGUUCCCGUAUCUUUCCAAAGGGUGCCUUGUGUAAAGAAAGGAGGAAUACGAUUUACAAUCAAUGGUCACUCUUACUUCAAUCUGGUCUUAGUUAGCAACGUUGGAGGCGCAGGGGACGUCCAGUCGGUGUCGAUCAAAGGGUCCAACACAGGAUGGCAACCCAUGUCAAGGAAUUGGGGCCAAAACUGGCAAAGUAACUCCUUACUCAAUGGCCAGUCUCUCUCAUUUCAAGUCACCACUAGUGAUGGAAGGACCGUUACCAGCUACACUGCGGUGCCUGCUAAUUGGCAGUUUGGCCAAACAUUUGAAGGCGGUCAAUUCUAAAUUUUCAUGACACCAUUGGGUUACAAAUUUGUAUAUGGUGUUGAAUUCAUGAGAAAGGGUCGGUUUGGGAGACAAUUAAGAAAACUUUGAGUCUAUUGAUGUGGUGGACUAGUAGCUAACUAGCACCCGCUUAGGCUUAUAUGUAUACAUAAAGUUUGAAUUAAAGUUACUUGUAGACAGAGAUAUUCAAUUGGUAGCCUUAAGUUGAAAUCAAGGCCAUAUGAAUAUCAUAUAAAGUUUGUAUAUUUAACCCCCAAGUUGGUAUGGAAACCCAAUUUGAGGCAUCUUUGUAUCAAUGAAAUCCUUUAUUAGGGCAUUUCCCUAAUUUGUUUA